CUGGUUGAAAUAACCACUUUGAAAACGGGUCCUGUAGACCACGUUUUUUUUUCGUGUGUCUCGGUGUCUUUUACGGCUGUACUUUGACCUAACGUACAUCCAGACAUAAAAUCGAGGAAAAGGCUGAUAUUUUCGUUCUCGUCCUGGUUGUGUUUUGAACUAUUUAAACUUCCUCAGAGCUUCUCCUCCGCUAACAUUAUAAGGACCGUUAGCCGUCAAAGACCGAUCUGUGCAACUCUUCUCAUCAUGCAGCUGGUGAUCCGUCGGUAUCGUCCCUCAGAUAAGGAUACAGUGCUGACCCUGUUCAGCAUCGGCAUCCGGGAGCACAUCGGUCCAUGUUUCCGCAACGCCAUGACCAGCCCUCUCUACCUCGCCAUCACCCUGGCUCUGUGUGUUGCUGGACACCUCCUUGGCUCUGUGUUGGGGGCUGUGCUGUUACCUGCAGUAUGGGUGGGCCUCAUCUACUACUGCUCUUAUGAGCUCUAUGACAGCUACGUCAGAGAGAGACUUCGGACAGACAUGCAGGACAUCCCUGGAAACUAUCUGAGCAGACCAGAUGACUGUUUCUGGGUGGCUGAGGCUGAGGUUGAUGGGAGGCCGCAGGUCCUCGGUAUGGUGGCUGUAAUGGCCAAACACAGCGGGAAGGAAAAACACGGGGAGCUGUUCAGAAUGAUCAUCUCACAGCAAUGCAGACGCCUGGGUCUGGGCCUCAGGUUGGCUCAGACUGGGGUUGACUUCUGUAAGGAACGAGGAUUCUCCAAGGUGGUGCUGGAGACUAGCUCCACCCAGACGGCUGCUAUGGCCCUGUACAACAAACUGGGGUUCAGCAUUGUGGGCUCACACACCGCAACAGAGGCUCCGUCAUGGGUUGUAUCGCUGGCCAAAGUCACAGUUGUUAGAAUGGAAAAACUCCUGUAGGCCUAAAGUAGCCCUCAUCAACGGAUGUUAUGUUCCUGCUCAGUUCCUCUGACAGUAGUUGAAGCUUUUGCACUGAUAAUACUUCACUGAAAGCAUUAUGUAUAGGCUAUGAGUCACACCAAAACACUUUAGGCGCUUUUCCACUAGCACCUACUCGACUUGACUCGAAUCAGUUUUCCAUUACAAUUGCAGUGUUUCCUCUACAUUCAUUUAGGAGUGACGGGCCGCCAUUCCUAAAUCCUAGCCACCACUCCUUCAAAUUUCUUUAUUUUUUAAAAAAAUUUUUAUUGUUGCAAAUACACCACCGUUGCAUGUUUCUACCUUCGCAGCAGAGGGUCGGAUACUCGCAUGUACUAAGGUAAACUACAGAUAACUAUCUUGCUCAGUAUCUACUCUUUGGGGGGUAGAUACGAUGUUAAUUACUCGCAGGAGCGCAGCCUUGAAAGUGGUCAGAGUCAGAGGAGUGUCGUCUUGGAAAAUUGGGCAGGGACUUACCGGAGAAAAAUUAUUAGCUUAAGAUAACUCAUAUAGAUUUUACAAGUUAAACAGACAUUUGCAAAAUAUUGAUGGCCAGCUAACGUUAUGUAACAUAUCAGUAGCUUAAGUUAAUUGGGCCCGGUGCCAACUCAGUGUCGCUGAGGUGAGUAAACUAAUUGAUAGCAUUAAGCUAAUAUCUACAUGCCAUGAUGUAACUGCUGACUGCAUUUUCAGAUGAGCUUGUUCAAAAUUAUUAUUUUUUUUUAAUAUUUACAUUCAGCUGUUAAAAAGCUAUUUUCAACUGGCCAUUCAAAAAAUAGGUUGCGCAAGUAAAAUCUGCAGCAAGUGUCAUUUGUUUACGCCGCCACGGCUUCCUGAGAGCCUGCCACCACUGCUGAAAAAAAUCCUAGAGGAAACACUGCAAUUGAGUACCACCUCAUCGUGGGUGAAGUCGUCAUAGCACGGUGGUCCGACCAAUGAGGCGAUGGUACACCUGCUGCUCGGUCUGUGGCUUUUUGUCAGAUUCAAAGUAAAAGAAGAGAGUCAGAGAAAGCUGAGGAGAACAGGAGAGUUUGGGAGGCGAUACAGCAGUAUCAAGCCAAAGACAAGAGGAUAUGAACUAGAUGACGUAUGAGGAUAAGGAUAAACUUUAUUGAUCCCACAGUGGGGAAAGUUCACCGUUACAGCAGCUCCAAAGAAAAAGUAUAAAGGCAGUGCAGGAAUAGAUAAGAAAAAGAAACAGUGCAAAAAUUGCAGAAAAAAAAACCAUUAUAUACAGAUGUUUUUUUCUUCUUAUAAAUAUGUAGAAGAUUAUAUACAAGAGGACAAGUUAAUGCUAGUUCGCUACAGUUAUCAUAUAUCAGUCCCAUGUACGACCCUGUAAUGGCUGCAAUUUAUCACUAUUAGGUAUUAAAAUAUGCAUGCUGUGUAGUGUCAUCGCUCCCUGUCCAAUCAGUGGCCUGCACUCUGUAGACGUCACAUUGUCGGCUCGACUCAGCUCUCUUGGAAUCCCAGCCAAGUAGGAACUAAAAUAGUACCCGGUACCAGAUACUACGUCCUAAUGGAAAACCUCACAAGAGUCGAGCUGAGUAAGUGCUAGUAGAAAAGCGCCAUUUGUUUAAGAUACAAACCAAGAAGUAACACUAGCAGGACCAAUUCACAGGUUUACACAUUACAUUCAGCUGCUCAUAUGAGCUCACUGGAGCCUGAUUCAGUCACUUUUCACUGCUGUAAUAUGUGUGGAUGUUUUUAAACUAGAGGCAAGUACUGUAAUUUUAUGCUCAAAUUCUUAUUUUUAAUUGUUUUUUAUACAAAAAAAAUCAAGAAAACACAUUUUUAACACUCACAAGCAUAGACUUUCACUGCAAAACAUUCUCGUUUGCUUACUUAUGCUGGCAGCUCCAAGUCUGCUUUAUUAAAACUUUUAGAAAAAUUCAACCCUCCCAGUCACACUUUUAACUUGAAUGCUGAACAGUAUUUUACAAACUGGUAAUUAUGGCAACACUGAUAUGUCAUUAAUGUAACACGAGACUGAGCUGGAAUUAGAAGCUUAACAGAUCAAUAAGAAUGAAAAAGGACUAACGUCUCCCAGCUACAUGGUGCAACAAGAUCAGCAGAAACUUGAGAAGUAAUAUACAGACAAAUACAUGGUGAGUGUACUGUUACACCAAUCUGCGGUUUACAGUAAAGAACAUUUAGUUUAGAGAUACAUAACGCUGCCUAAUGAUUGGUCAUUAUAGCAGGUGCUUCUAAAAUAAUCUUUUUUCACAGAAGACAUUCCCAUUAAGCACAUUCUUAAGUCUUAAUCAUUUGUUCGAUUUUUAAUCAUUUGUUUGAUUUUUAAUGUUUAAAGAUUAGAAAGUCAUAUUUUUAAACCAUGAAAGCUAAAUUUGGAGAUGAAGCCUGUAUGCCAUAUUGGACUUAAAAUCUACCAAACGUGGUCAUGUAAAGUUUAGUUUCAGACAUGGGAACACUUUGAUGAUUAUAUUAUUGAUUUUGCAUUUGUUUGAUUAUGUGAAGAUACGUGUCCAUAUUGAAAAUAAAUAAAUCAAAGUUAAUAUUGGC